UAGGUCCGAAUUGUUUUUGUCCAGUGCAUUUUGGGUAAUGGAAACGAUGUAUCAGUCACGAUGACGUGGGCACGUCUCAAAAGUCUGGAGGUUGGAUGAAGAAGAAAAUCACAGCCCUGCACUACUGUUUCACAUGAGACAGAAUAAGCAGAACGCACAGAUGACUAGAUAAGGUCCAUUAUAAUUCAUUAACUUGGUAACAACCUACUGCACUGACAUGGAUAAACACCUCAGUACUGGAUGUCACGGAACCGACUACAACGCUUCGCAGACGAGUUCAGGUCGAAAACCUCCUAGGACUUUAACGUUAGGGGGGACUACUUCCAGACAACCCAGUAUCGAGGCACUUGACAGUCCUACAGGAUCACACGUUGAAUGGUGCAAACAGUUAAUAGCAGCAACCAUGUCAAGCCAAAUAUCUGGACCUGUUGCACCUGAGCCAAUGGCUCGUGAUUACAAGGCGCUGAGAGAUGCCAAUAAACAGGCCCAGCUGGAGGAGGCUGCCCGCAUGCCAGGGGAGGCCAUCAAAGCCAUAGCCAAAGAUGUCAUGUACAUUUGCCCAUUCUCUGGGGCUGUUAGUGGCACUCUGACCAUCACCGACUACAAGCUCUACUUUAAAAGCCUGGCUCGGGAUCCUCCAUUCGUCCUGGAUGUGAAUCUGGGUGCUAUCAGUCGUUUGGAGACUAUCGGGGUGCAGAACCACGGCGAGAACACACGAGGCCUCGAGAUCGUGUGCAAAGACUUAAGAAACCCCCGGUUUGCGUACAAGAAGGAGGAACAGAGUAAGCUGCAGAUUUUGGAGAUGUUGACCAGAUAUGCCUUUCCUCUGUCCCAUGAUCUGCCUCUGUUUGCAUUUUCGUACCAAGAGAAGUUUCCGGAAGAUGGCUGGAAGGUUUAUGACCCUACAGCAGAGUACAAAAGACAGGGCUUGCCCAAUGAGAGCUGGAUCAUCAGUAAGAUCAACAGCAGCUAUGAGGUGUGUGACACCUACCCUGCUCUGCUGGUCGUGCCCUCCAACAUCAGUGAUGACGAGCUGAAGAGAGUGGCCACCUUCAGAGCCAAGCAUCGUAUUCCAGUUCUGUCAUGGAUCCACCCAGAGAGCCAGGCUGGCAUUGUUCGCUGUGGGCAGCCUCAGGUGGGCCCGUCGGACCGCCGGUGCAAGGAGGACGAGCGCUACCUGCAGACCAUCCUAGAUGCCAACGCCCAGUCACACAAGCUCACCAUCUUUGAUGCACGGCAGAGCAGUGUGGCCGACACCAACAAGGCCAAGGAUGGAGGCUAUGAGAGUGAGAGUUUCUACCCCAAUGUGGAGCUGAACUUCCUGGAGAUCCCCAAUAUCCACGUGAUGCGUGAAUCCCUGAGGAAGCUGAAGGAAGUGGUGUACCCAGCCAUCGAUGAGGCCCACUGGCUCUCCGCCGUGGACGCUACCCACUGGCUGGAGUACAUUCGGUUGCUGCUGGCCGGGUCGGUGCGCAUAGCGGACAGGCUGGAGUCGGGGAAGACGUCGGUGGUAGUCCACUGCAGCGACGGCUGGGACCGCACGGCCCAACUCACCUCUCUGGCCAUGCUGAUGCUGGACAGCCACUACCGCACCCUCCGCGGCUUUCAGGUCCUCAUAGAGAAAGAGUGGCUCAGUUUCGGGUACCGCUUCGCCUCACGUGUGGGCCAUGGAGAUCAGAACCACGCCAACUCAGAGCGCUCUCCACUGUUUGUACAGUUCAUAGACUGUGUAUGGCAGAUGACUAGACAGUUUCCCUCAGCUUUCGAGUUCAACGAGGUGUUUCUCAUCACUGUGUUAGACCAUCUCUACAGCUGUCUUUUUGGGACCUUCCUCUAUAACAGCGAGCAGGAGCGGAUACUCAAUGAGGUGCCAGCCAAGACCGUCUCCCUGUGGUCAUACAUCAACAGCCAGGUGGAGGACUUCACAAACCCAUUCUACGUGUCCUACGAGCACCACGUCCUGUACCCCCUGGCUAGCACCAGGCACCUGGAGCUGUGGGUGAACUACUAUGUGCGCUGGAACCCUCGCAUGAGACCACAGGUGCCAGUGCAUCAGAGUCUGAAGGAGCUGCUAGUGCUGCGUGCGGAGCUGCAGCGGAGGGUGGAUGAGCUGCGGAAGGACGUCUCAUCCACGUCAACACAGCCCGCCUCAGCCACACACGCACCUGGCGCAGCCAUGCACACCACAGUCUAGACUAUCACACACACACACACACACACACACACACACACACACACAACCUGCUGUCUCUCUCUCUCUCUCUCUCUCUCUCUCUCUCACACACACACACACACACACACACACACACACACACACACACACACACACACACUUAUCAGUAAUAUUGAAAUCAGAAAGAUGAACCUUGGGAUCCUUGAAUCCAGAUACACAUUCACAUACACUUACCAAAAUGCUCAGUGUGGUGCUUUUACAGUGGACAGUGGUCUGAGAUUUGUAAACAUCUCAUAGUCUGACUAUUUAUUUAGCGCAGUCUGGUCUAUUUUACACACUUACAAUUCAAACUCUUGUUUGUCAACUGACAAACAAGAGUUUGAAUUGUAGUCUUAUUGGCUGUGAAUAAGAUACUGUAAUCCUAUACUACAUAUCUAUUGGCUAUUGGCCAUCGCUAUUGGCUUUAGCGUUGCUGAAUGAAUGAAGUGGCCUUAGCAUUGCUGAAUGAAUGCUGAAGGAACUGUAUCUUAUGUUUGUCUUAGUGGUAUUCAUUUCAAUAUCUUUCUCAUACUGAAGUCCAUGCCUUGCAGUAACCAAAGCACAGAUAUUUUGACCUGUUGGAGCUGUUACUACAUGACUUAUUACUAGUAUUUGCAGUAAUACUAUUCUGUUACUUCUGUCAUUGUCACUUGUAAAUAUAUUUUCAAAAUGUACAUCAAAUUAUUUGCUAUUUUAAUAAGCAAUAUUUCCAUGGUUCUCAAACAAUAGCAAAAGUGCUUAUUCUUAUU